UAUUACAAAAACCUGGCGCAUGUUUGUGACGUUACUACAAAUCACUUCGGAUUUUAUUUUGAUUUAUAAGUAACCGUUAAAUGUUGCACUGUGUUUUGUAUUUAUCCGUAGAGUUAGCAUUUUUAUAUAUGGGGAACAUGGUGAGCAUACAGAGUUAGUUAGCUGGGCCAGUGUAAAAGUAACUUAAAAGUUAUUUUAGCGUAGUUUAGCGUCGCACAAAUUGACGUCACGGGUCCACCAUGCAUGACAGCCAAGCGCGAGAGUUCAAAUUCAUCCGGACAGACUUUGAGUUUCUUUACGAUGCGAAACAAACUGAAACGAAACAAGAAGUGCAGAGAACCAGCGAGUGGACGAAGUACCGAGGUGAUAACGUUAGCAUUAGCAUUAGCAGUGUCCAGCUGCUCCGACGAGGGAGAUUCACCAACUCCAGCUGCUGCAGGCGUCUCCGAGAGAAAAGUCCAACCGCGUCAGGAUCAGAGGAAGACCUGCUCCGUGCAAGAUGUUAAAAUCGCCCCCAUUUUCUUACGUACACCGCUGCAUAGCAAGAGGAAGGUGAGCAGUGAUGCUUGCCUGUGUCAGUCUGAAGAGAAGCUGCAGACGCCAGUGCCUCCUCCUCCUCUUCAUCAUCAGCAUCGGUUGUCUCCAGUAGUUCACCUCUUGGAGGAGGAUGAGGAUCUUCAGUCUACCAGGAGACGACAUGUGUCCCCCUCAUCUCUGCGCAGCCGCCUGGAAGAAAUCAAAACAUCUAACCCAGCGUUUCCAGUUCAAACAGUGUUCAGCACUUUGCAGAAGAAAACCAGUCUGCAGGGAUUCGGAUCCACAGACAACUCCCUGCAUCCAAGCUCCCCACAGAAGAGGAGACGAGGAGGUGAAAGCUCAGAGAGAGUGUCCAAGCGUCUGAGAUGUGUCGGUUUGGACGCCCUGUCAGGACAGGGCGUCCCGGAGAGCACCGUCCCCGCUGUGAGGAAGCAGCCCAGCAACAGUAAGCUGAGCCGCUCUCACAGACUGAAGCAGAGGAGUGGGAGUCCAACAGUCUCGGUGAAUAACCCUGAGCUGAACUCUGAAUGGAUAAAUCACUCCGAAUCUGACGGCCGGUCACCAAUAAUCCAUGACGUUCUCCACAGAGAAGCCAGCUAUGAGGAUGUUCUCUGGACAGACAAGUACAGUCCUCAGCAUUCAAGUGAAGUCAUCGGCAACUGUGGCUCAGUGAAUAAAUUACAGAGUUGGUUGAAGAAAUGGAAGUUAAGAGCUGACUGUGAUGAAAGGAGGAAGGUGGAGGAGAGGAGAGAUGAAGAUAACAGCACAGACUCGUGGGACUGUGGAGACUUCCAAGGUGAGGCUGUGGCAGAAGACCACAGAGAGGAUCCACUGUGUAACACCAUGCUGAUCACAGGGCCUCCGGGUGUGGGGAAGACUGCCUCAGUGUAUGCCUGCGCUCAGGAGCUCGGCUUCAAGGUGUUCGAGGUGAACUGCUCCUCACAGCGCAGCGGCCGCCAUGUUCUGUCCCAGCUGAAGGAGGCCACCCAGUCCUACUUGGUGGAGACGUCUGGCAAAGAUCCUCUGAAACCAGCUUAUCUCAACAAUUACAACACCAGCACUCCUAAAGCUGACACCUUAACUGCAGGAAAACCAGUGCCUCCUAAAAAUGUCACCUCUACCUCAAAAAAGAAGAACGUUGGCCGCUCUGGUCUCAAAGGAAAAUCAAAUCCAGCCGCAGUCACUUUGACCAACUACUUCAAGAUGAAGGCAAAAGCAGAUCACUUACAUUUUGGUGGCCCAACGCUGCUUGAGAAACAAGACGGCAAGAAAUUCUCAUCACCAGGCGGCGAUCAAACAGUGACACCGAGCAAAAAGAAGGCCACAUCACUCAUUCUGUUUGAAGAGGUCGAUGUUAUAUUUGACGACGAUGUUGGUUUCCUCGGAGCCAUCAAGUCUUUCAUGGCAACGACUAAAAGACCAGUCGUUCUGACCACCAAUGAUCCUUUGUUCAGAGAGAGAUUCAGCUGCAGCUUGGAGGAAAUCCUUUUCAAAACCCCAUCAGUUGUGAGCGUGUGUAGCUACCUGCAGCUGGUGUGUUUGUCUCAGAAUGUGCCACUGGAGUUGGACGAUGUCAGGAGCCUCCUCAGACACACAUGUGGAGACGUCAGACGCUGCCUGCUGCAGCUGCAGCUCUGGGCGCUCAGUGGUGGAGGGCAGGCAGCUCAGAGUGGAGGCUGUAAGGAGCCUAUUCAUGUACAGUACUCUCAUGCUGCUGAGGAUGGAGAUCAUUUAGAUUCCAGUCUUCCUCCAUGGGACCCGAGCUGCACAGCCGCCAUGCUAGGUCUCCAACCUGUCACCCAAAAGAAACUGCUGAACCUUCUAAAGUGUCGGCGCUGGUCUGAAACAGACAUGAACAAGCUGCUGAGGCUCUUAUCUGAGAGCUGGAGAGGAGGUGAGCCUCUUCUCUACAACAACCUGGAGCUCCUUCUACCCAACAGAACGUCGGGCCAGCACCUGGAGAAGAUGACUUGUUCUGGGCUACAGAGGCAGCUGGCACCCCCUCACAGUGAUCCUCGAGUCCUGCAGCUCAAAGGAGAUGUCAGUCCAAAGGCGUCAGCGACCGACAGGAAACCUUUCAGGAAUAUGUCCAGACUUAGUAGAAGGAAAUAUACUGCAACAGUGUUUGAGACAACAUCCACUUUAAAACAAAAACCUCAAAGAACCUCAUUAUUAUUACAAGGGGUUCAUUCCAGAAUCCCUAGUUCAAGUGACAAGACUGAACAAAUAUCAGACGCCUGUUUAGACGCCCUGACCGACUUCUUUGACCUCAUGUCGUACCUUGACAUCUCGCUUCCAGCUGCAGCGCCACUCUAUUCAGGCUCAUGCAGCCCUGAGGCGUUCGUCUGGACGGGAGCAGAGAUAAAGGACGGCUUGUUGGAUGAGAGCAACGAGGAGGAGGAGGAGGAGGGUGGCAGCUGGAGCCACGAGAGGCUGUUGGAUAUUAAGGCUGCUGCUGAGGGCUUGGGGUGUCACAGAUGCUGGUGGCGAGUGUCUCAGGCGUGGACCGAAGCCCAAAAACAAAGACAUGAGCUGGGGGGCGAAAGGUGGGAGAGGCUGGUGGAGAGAGUGGCGUUCCCAGCACCUCCCAAAAGACAGAGCCUCAGGUUUAGUUUUCAACCUCUGUGUGGUACAAGUGUGUCCCACAGGAGGUAUGAUUUGAGCAGGAAGGUGCUCAGCAGUGAAUCUUUCGGCCUGCUGGGGAACAGACGAGCCGUCUGUGUGGACUACAUGCCGGUCCUCCGCUCCAUCUGUCGCUCUCACAGAGCACAGCAGCAGGAAGAGGAGCCAAACAGCAGUACGUGUGUGAACUACCUCAGGAACAUACACCUGGAUCUGUCAAAGUCGACCAUUCAACUCCUGGCAGAAGAUUUCUCUUAAAGAAGAAAAUGGAAAGUCUACUUUAUAUACCUGUCAGUAUUUAUUUUACUGUGAACAAAAUGAAUUUUUACACACUUGAGAUGUGAAACAAUGUUUUAUUUACAUGUCAGUGCAACCAUGAAGAGUAAAUAAAUAUUUUUGUAAAUAAA